AUGUUUACAACAACCGUGUGGAUCCCAGUUUUCAGAACCAUCCUGCCAACUACAUUAGAGUCUGGUCCUAGGGCAUCAGUUCUGCCAAUGUGGAAUGGUCUAAUGAAGCAGGAUGUCCUGCGGCUACAUCGUACGACAAAUGUGGAAUGGUCUAAUGAUGCAGGAUGUCCUGCAGCUACAACAUGUGAACUAAGAGGACAAGAUGCCCUCUUUGUUGGUGACUUUUUGAUGCAAGUAGCUAAAGACGUUGUUCCCAUAGAACGACGCCCUCCCCAAUCAAGUUCGUCAAAUUCUGAUUUUUGCUUUCGCAACAACCCCAUCAAUCUUGAGUCUCCAGCGGCAGACGAGCUUUUCCUCAAUGGAAAGAUCGUCCCCAUUGAAAUCAAGAAUAUCGUUUCUCCCUCAGAACAUGCACUAGAACAACCUCUAAGUCCACCACCACAACCGUUUCUUGAUGCUACUACCAUAAUUAGUAAAGAUUCAAGGCGUGAUCAGGGCUCGAAGGAAAAGAAAAAUAUUCCACCUCUAGGUGCAUUUCUUGAUGCUGAUGAUGACAUUGAUGAAGAUAUUAGCGAGGGUUCAAAUCAUGGGAUGAUCAAGACAGCAAAAAUUGAACCGGCGGACGGCCACGAGAAACCAAACUUGAUACCAUCUUCACGUUUCAAGAGGAGCAGUAGCUCGAGGUGUGCUAGCAUGUAUGGGGGGAGAGCAUGCCCUUUUCCAUUACUUUUUUGUCGAAGCAAUUCUGAUGUGUCUGAACCAAAUGUCAAGCGAAUGCCACUGUCAAAAAGGUUGUCAGGAUCAUAA